UUUGGCAGAAUAAUUUUUCUUAUUACUUUGCAAAUCCCUUUUUGAAACGAGAUAAUCUCUUAAGAGCUUGCAGACUUUUCUUUGUGGAUUUUCACUGUAAGGAUUCACACCAUAUCUUAGGCUCAAAGAUGUGCUCUAUAGUCAUGCUUCAUCAGUGGAGUCUGGCUGUGUUCUUGCUGUGCUCCCCAGUGACUCUUGAAGGGAGACCAGUUGAUGCACUUAGUGGCAGAAUGAGGAGGUCAGUGAGCCACGCCCAGCUGAUGCAUGACAAGGGCCGCUCUUUGCAGGAGUUCAAGCGCCGCAUGUGGCUGCAGGAGCUGCUGGAAGAGGUGCACACCGCCGAUGAGCGAGCUCCACCUGUGCAGAGCAGAACCCAGAGCCAAACCUUCAGUGGGAAUGCCCUGCACGAGAAGCCCCCAGGGGCCACAAAGAACCUCCCUGAGAGGUUCAGGCUGGACAGAGACGGCCCUAACCUGCCCCAGGAGACCAACAAGGCUGUGGCUUAUAAGGACCAGCCACUAAAAGUGACCACAAAGAGGAAAAAAAAGGUGAGGUUAGGCCGACGUAGAGAGAGCGACAAGAAGCGGAGGCGGGCACGGUCUGUCACAACAAAGGAGCCAUGAAGGACGCAGUGCCCUGGCUAAGAGACUCCUAAUAGCCUUUAUAUGGUACUGCACUAAGACACUAGACUGGAACCUGAGAGACUCUGCCCAUGGCUGACUCAGCCACUAUAGCACGGGGUUGUGCUUGUAUGAUAAUAUUUUGCUGCGUUUGUAUUUUAAAUCUCAUUCUUCCUGAAGUUUCGUGAACUAUCAUCAUAACAUCUUCUUAGGUCCAUAUUUAUUUGGAACAUCUGUAGGCCUCUGUAACUUUGUUGACUUCAAAACAAAGCCAGAUGGUGUCAUCUCUAACCAGCUGUGUGCAUGAGUAGAUCAUAGGAGGAACUAUUUAUUGCCUGAAUAUAAUAUAACUUCACAAAAUUGGGAGGCUGGAUUGUCUACUUUUGUAUGUCUCUAUAUUUGUUGACUAUCGUGAACUUACAGUUACAUACAAAGUGUUCACUGCAUACAUCUGUUCGAACUGUUCUGCCAUAAUUUAUUUCAUUUUGAAAGUGUGUAUUUAUUUUGUGAAUGUAUCACGGUGCUGCUGACUAAAUUCCAUAAUGCACUUUAGAUAUAUCCUGUACAUGUUCUUUGAUGUGGUUGAGUUUUAUUUUAAUGUUUCUUUUUGAUGGUCCUGCUUUCCUUUCCCACCUUAGAUCCCUCAUGGACUUGUAACUUAUUGGAUGCUUCAUCAAAUCCACUUUCACCAUUUCACAUUAUAGUUUAUUUUUAUAGAACAAGCCCGAGU